AUGGAAGAAGGUGAUCUAGCACCUGCCCUCUUCUCCUCUUUACUCUGGCUUCGCGUAGGAGCUGGGGAUCUUUAUGGCACUCUAGCGUAAAGUUAAAUUUGUAUAUUUUGAUGGAAUUGCGAUAUCCGGCACCGGAAACAUGGUAUCCGUACAAUUAUUGUCAUCCGUAGUUGUCCUUUACAUAUGUACUAAGAAACUAUCAAAGUACUAUCAUUGAUUGCAAUGUCUCAAAAACAAUCCAAAGACUCUGUUUGCAGGCCAUCUAUUCACUAUAUUGGACGAUUGAAUGAUACUAAAAGUUAUUUAUAAUCAUGAAUGCAUUUGUGGCCUCAGGAGGCCUCCCAAAUGUGUCACUUUUUAAUUAAAGAUUAUUUGUAAAUCUUUUCCAAAACGAUCAAAAAAUGUUUGAACUGAGGGAGGGAAUCUUAUCAAACUUUACUUUAUGCAUAAAGGAUAAACUGAAACUACUUUUCUAUCGUAUCAAAUAAGAGUCACAGAGCAUACACCAUUCAUCAUAUCUGCCGACCAAAUUUCUCUACUCUGGACUGGAUGUCUUCAUCUGGAAAGCCUUUUCACGGUCACGGUCGUGGGUUAUGUAAGCGCCGAGGAGUGUUUUUUGUGUGUGUUUGUUCAACUUGUUCGGAAUCCGAAAUGCAAAUCCCAGCUGGAAGUCUCUGAGUCAACGCCUUAGAAGUCGUGAUGAUCGAAAUAAUCUGCGAUAAUUUCACAGGAGUGUUCGUUCUCUGGGGCCAAACUGACCAUGAAAUGGCCAGAGAAUGCCAGAUGGGACUGGACACACACACCCCACUGCCAAGGUGUUGGGCAGGUGAAGUGACAAAUCGACGCCCCUGCGGAGAUUCCAAGUGCCAACACCUUUGCCGCGAAUGCCAGCGAACCACAGCCAUCAGCAGCGCAUCGCAUCGCACCGCCUCGCCUCGCGGUUCAGUGCUCUCGGCUGGGCAGAAGCAGAACCCAUCUCGGGCUGGGGCUUGUACUCGGGGCGGAGUUCAGAUAAAUACGGCGGCGGUCGCUCUAGCCAGAUCAUUCGCGGUCCGACGCCAGUUCGAGAAACUCUGACUCGUUUUGAAAGGUUAAAAAUAAAAAGUGUUGCAAGGAUAUUUUCGGGUUCCUCAUUCCGUGUGCCCCAUCAAUCUGCAGAGGCACAACACGUGCCUGGUGCAACAUUUCUGAUUAAGUCGUUGGAACGGAGAACAAACUAAAGUGCGGACAACAUGCGUGCUAUUGGAUUGAUGCUCUGCCUGCUGGCGCUGCUCAUCUGCGCCCGCGCCCGUGCAGCUGUGACAGGACCCGAGGCCCGGUCAGGUGUCAGCCCCGCUCAGAAUGGCCAGAAUCAGCAGGUGGCCACGGCUGGCGUGGGGGUCCUGGACUCGGUGCUGCGGGGCAAGAGCCGCCAGUCACGCUGCGUGCGCUGCUACGAGGAUCGGGAUCGGGAUCGCUACUACGGCGGAUACUCCAGUCGAACGGGCGAUGAUCAGCGCACCAGUGCCUGGUAUUACUCGGGCUACGACGACCGCAGCAGCACCAGAGAUCGGGACUAUGACAGAACCUACGAUCGCAGCCGCUACGACGAUCGGUACAUGCCGCGCACCUACGAUCGCUACGAGGGACGGGGGGGCGGCGGCUACGACGACUACAGACGUGGCGGCAGCUCUGGCUAUGGCUCAAGCUCUGGGUAUGGUUCAAGCUCGGGCUCCUAUCCGGAUCGGGAGCGGGAGCGCGGCUACAGCGGCUACGGCUACGGCUACGAAAAUCGGGAUCGCUACUAUCCAGAACGCUACAGCGAUAGCUCCUCCAGAGAUCGCUACUACGACCGUUCGCGUUCCAGCUAUGACCGCUACGACCCGUAUGAUCGGUACUACUCCAGGGGCCAGUCGGGCUUCGACAACUCGGGACGUGGCUAUUACUUUGCCAGUGAUGAGGAUGACAGUCGCACCCGCGACUAUGGCAAUGAUAAUGGCAACGGCUACGCCUACAGUCGGCCCCCUCCAUCGCUCGCCUCGCCCUGCGGCCGCUUGCCCGGAAAUUGCCCCUACGCCGGAGGCUCCAAGGUCUCCUCCUCGGCCAUAGGCAGCGACAGCUCCCGCGUGGCGGGACACACCAGUGUCGUGGGAUCGGAGGUGGCUGGCGGCAAGCCCAAUGGCCAGGGCAGUUGGACCUAUCUGGGGGACCAGGACAAAUCCGGCGGCAGCAGCAGCAGCAGCAGCGUAGGGGGCAAUGGAGGAGGCAACAGUGGCUCGUCGGGUAGCAAUGGCCUGAGCAGCGGGGGGAGCAGUCGGGAUCGAGAACGGGAACGGGAUCGGGACCGCGAUGCACAGAGCUCUUCCUAUGGUGGCCGACCGCGUCCUCUAGGCGUCAGCUAUCUGCUCGAACGCGACUCGGACAAUCCCGCAGACGCCUCCUCGGAUGGCCCAAGCAACCCGGCGCAUACUGCCGGCGGUGGUGGUGGAAUUAAUGGUGAGGGAAUGCCCAAACCCGCGGCCCAGACGGCCACCGAGGGCAAUCCCAGCAAGGCGCUGGACAAUGCAGUGCAGUAACUCCGUUGGCGGAACCGACACCGAUCCUGCCACGCAGCGAGCGGCCUGGUGGCUCCGGUUGGGAAUGGCAGCGCAAAGUGUAACCUACCUUUCGUAUUUAUGUGUACUUCGUAAGUCUCCAAAGAAACUAUUUAUGUGUGGCACCACGCUUUGCUCAAAUAAACAAUCUUCAAAGAUCCUCAAGGAUUCAGAGUUUCCCUGGGAUUGAGGGGGAAUGAAACUGCAUAUUUUUCAGGUUUAAAGUACAGUUUGCUUUAUUGUUUAUGUUUUAAAUUCUUAACUAUGACCCAUACGGAUA